AUGUUCUUCAAGCACUGCACCAGGAGGUCUGCUGCUCAAAGGCAUGUGGUGCUUAGAAGGACCUAUCCUUGGUUCCAGCCUGGGUAUAGGCUGUUUGAAAAGGAACCAGAAGAAGAGGAAGCUAGAACUGAGUUCAGGAAGAAAUUCCUGAGUGUGACACUACCCUGGGACCUGCCUUUUGGAGGUGGGAAGCCUCCUAACUAUCACUUGGGGGCAGAAGUGUAUCACCCUAACUUCUGUGCCAGGCAACUUGGUUGCCCUCAGUUAAUCCCACUCAAGUCUUACAGAAGCUGCAAUUGGGCCACUUCUUGGAGAGAUUUAGAUGAUCUGGAGGUGCAUAAGAACUGUAAGUGCUCGGUGAACAAGUUUAACAACAGUGUGGAUGCUCUCUAUCCAUCCUUGGAGCUUAAUUCUUGCAGUUCUGCCGAGUUCAAUGCUUGGUGGAAAGCCAGAUUCCAUAGUUUGCCUGCUUCCAUUUCUGCCACCAAAGUGCUUUUUGAUGGCUGGAACUCUUGGACUGUCUAUGCAAGGGCAAAAGCCAAGCAAUUCAUGGUGCAGAUGAUCAAGGACAUCAAUGGACAAGUGAUUGAAGAUCCUUCUAUUACAAAGAGCAUUGGAGGACAAGAUGUUCAAGUUGGGGAAGUGAUUGCUGAAAGUGCUCCUCCCCCUCCUACUAGGUCAAAAAGACUUAGGAAGAGAGCUGUGGUAGAAUACGUAGCCACAAAAUCUGCAGUAGCUCCUACAACCACUUCUGGGACAGAUGAAGAGUUGAGAGAGGCUUUCGAGGUUGUGGAGCAAGAAAAAAAAGCAGAAGUCUUGACAGGAGACAAAGAAGAGGGCAAAGAAGUUGAAGAAGAGGAAGCUCAAAAGGCAGAACCCACAAGAUCAGAAUUGGCUCUCCUUGAUGAUGUGGAGGUGGAACAUUCUGCUGUUGUUCUAGAUUGUGAGGUGGAGGCAGAACACUCUGUUGCUAUCCCUGAGCCUGAGGUGGAAGAAGAUAAAACUGCUGGGGUUCUGACUGUAGUGAUCAGUCUUCUCAAGCCUCCUAUUGUAGCUAUGCCCAUCCAUUCUGUCCUUGGUUCAUCCACCACGGCCUCCUUUGCUGAUCCAAAAUUGGCGGAGUUUGAAGUUAUGGACUUGGAUGCUCAGCUGGAUAAGCUCGAGAAAUUAGGAUCUGCUCCUGGCAAGGCUAAGUCCAAGGCAAUGGAUAGAAUGAGGAUUUGGCAGUCAAAUGAGCUAGACUUAGAUGAGAACAAAAAAGCUAUUGAUUAG